AUGGCACUGCCUGCGUGUGCAGCCCCGGCGCUCGGGCCGCCGCUGCAACCGGAGAGAGGAGCGCCCGCCCGCACCACCUGUCCCCGCCGGCAUUCCAGAGUGGAGGCCGAGUUGGCAGCGAGCCGGCCGGGCUCCGCUGCCGCCUCAGUCCGCGCGGGCCCUCCUAGGGGUGUGUCUCUCGCCUUCAACUCCCAGCCGCUCCCGGACAAGCCCCGAAAGGCGUCUUCCUCCCAGGCGGGAGCUGCGCGCGCUCCGCUCUUCGCGCUGCUGCCCCGAGGCCGCCGCAGGCGGAUGCACGACUUCAGGCGACGCUGGGACCUGGGCUACCUCUGCCGGGCCCUGCUCACUCGGGGCCUGGCCGCCCUGGGCCACUCGCUCAAGCACGUGCUCGGUGCGAUCUUCUCCAAGAUCUUCGGCCCCCUGGCCAGCGUCGGGAACAUGGAUGAGAAAUCCAACAAGCUGCUGCUGGCUUUGGUGAUGCUCUUCCUCUUUGCGGUGAUCGUCCUCCAGUACGUGUGCCCCGGCACAGAAUGCCAGCUCCUCCGCCUGCAGCCGUUCAGCUCCCCGGUGCCGGACCCGUACCGCUCGGAGGAUGAGAGCUCUGCCAGGUUCGUGCCCCGCUACAAUUUCAGCCGCGGCGACCUCCUGCGCAAGGUAGACUUCGACAUCAAGGGCGAUGACCUGAUCGUGUUCCUGCACAUCCAGAAGACCGGGGGCACCACUUUCGGGCGCCACCUGGUGCGCAACAUCCAGCUGGAGCAGCCGUGCGAGUGCCGCGUGGGUCAGAAGAAAUGCACUUGCCACCGGCCGGGCAAGAGGGAGACUUGGCUCUUCUCCAGGUUCUCCACGGGCUGGAGCUGCGGGCUGCAUGCUGACUGGACGGAGCUCACUAGCUGCGUGCCCGCUGUGGUGGACGGAAAGCGCGAUGCCAAGCUGAGACCGGCCAGGUGGAGGAUUUUUCAGAUUCUAGAUGCAGUGCGUAAGGAUAGACGGGGUUCUCCAAACGCUAACCCAGGCGUCAACUCUCCAUCAUCCACAAAGGCCCGGAGCACACCUAAGAAUGGGAAGAACUUCCACUAUAUCACCAUCCUGCGAGACCCAGUGUCCCGUUACCUGAGCGAGUGGAGGCAUGUGCAGAGAGGGGCCACGUGGAAGGCCUCCCUGCAUGUCUGCGAUGGAAGGCCCCCAACCUCCGAGGAGCUGCCCAGCUGCUACACCGGUGAUGACUGGUCAGGCUGCCCCCUCAAAGAGUUCAUGGACUGUCCCUAUAACCUAGCCAACAACCGCCAGGUGCGCAUGCUCUCCGACCUGACCCUCGUAGGCUGCUACAACCUCUCCGUCAUGCCCGAAAAGCAAAGAAACAAGGUCCUUCUGGAAAGUGCGAAGACCAAUCUGAAGCACAUGGCGUUCUUUGGCCUCACCGAGUUUCAGCGGAAGACCCAGUAUCUCUUUGAGAAGACCUUUAACAUGAACUUUAUCUCGCCGUUUACCCAAUAUAAUACCACCAGGGCCUCGAGUGUAGAGAUCAAUGAGGAAAUCCAAAAGCGUAUCGAGGGACUGAAUUUUCUAGAUAUGGAGCUGUACAGCUAUGCGAAAGAUCUCUUUCUGCAAAGGUAUCAGUUUAUGAGGCAGAAGGAGCAUCAGGAGGCCAGGCGGAAGCGUCAGGAACAGCGCAAGUUUCUGAAGGGAAGGUUCCUUCAGACCCAUUUCCUGGGGCAGAGUCAGGGUCAGGUUCAAGGUCAGAGUCAGAGCCAGAAUCAGAGUCAGAAUCCCAAUCCCAAUCCCAAUCCUAAUCAGAAUCUGACGCAGAAUGGGAUUCAGAAUCUGACUCAGAGCUCGAGCGUGAAGGAGAACCAGGAAAGGCAGAAGCAGAGCCUGGGCCAUGAGCAGGGUGACAGCAGUGCCAGCAAUGGCACCAGCGACUACAUAGGCAGUGUGGAGAAAUGGCGUUAAAGGCUUCAGAGAGGGUUCUCCACACCCCUCCCAAAACGCCAGUGAGAAUAUGGCAAAUCUUAAAAGAGGAGUUCUGCUUUCUUCAUUUGGGGAAGUUAAAAAAAAAAAGUUAAGAGGUUGCCUUUACAGUUGCCUUUCAAUUAAAUGUUAUACUGUGCGUGGGUAAAAUGAAUCUCAGUAUGUAGUUAAAUUGUCUCUCUCUCUCUUUUUUUUUUGUUUGUUUGGGGGACUAUUUAUGAAAUCCAAAAGCCAAUCCAGA